GUUACGGUACCGCCAGUACUGUUGAUGAAUUAGAUGGACACUUGAACACAAAACAAAAAGCGUGUCACCGUCUGUUAUAGAUUGGUUUCAAAGGUAUGACGGAAAUAUUUUCAACUUUAUUCGGACAAAAUGACACGCAACCUCCCUCGGGACCGGCAGCUUUGGGGUUUGUGACUGGGAAACCUCCGCCGCCAAACCAAGCGCCUGUGGCGGCUCAGAUUCCAGCACAACACGGGGAUGACGGGCCUACACUGCGAAAACCUGGAGCCAUGAAUGAACCCUUUUAUUUACUACGAGAACUGCCUGUUGGAAACGACCUGACGGGAAACACGAACCUCAUCACGCAUUAUAACCUGGAACACGCGUAUAAUAAAUUCUGUGGCAAGAAAGUGAAGGAGAAGCUGAGCAACUUUUUACCAGAGUUACCAGGUAUGAUAGACUGUCCAGGUGUUCAGGAUGGCAGUUCUCUGCGCUCUCUCAUUGAAAAACCUCCAGUCUGUGGGAACUCGUUCAGCCCACUGACAGGCACUCUACUCACUGGAUUUAGACUUCACACUGGCCCGCUCCCAGAGCAAUACAGACUGAUGCACAUACAGCCACCAAAGAAAAAGAGCAAACACAAACACAGGCAUCAUCGACCUCAGGAUCCCUUACCACCAGAGACCCCUUCAGACUCUGACCCCAAGAAGAAGAAGAAAAAGAGGGAUGACGACCCUGAUCGUAAGAAGAAAAAGAAAGACAAGAAGAAAAAAAAGAAUCGACACAGUCCUGAUCAUCCUGGUUUAACUGGCUUUCAGCCCAACAGCAACAGCCUGAGAUAAAACGAUUUGUGUGCAUGUUUGCAAGUGUGUGCAUGUGAGAAAGAAUGUGACCGUGUUAGAGACCCUUAUAUGGACCAGUGUGUGAGUGAUGUUUACAAAGACUGCUUGUUAAUGAUUUCUGUAAUUUCUUUCUGGAACAAAUAAACUUUUGUUACUCA